CAGGGGUGGUACCUGUGGUGUAAGAGAUGGGGGGGAGGGGGGCAAAAGCUAUUUGUGUUGAAUCUUAAGCUUGCGGUCUCAACCAUCCCACAGUGAGAGGCAUCUAUGCUGUGUGAAAGGAGGACCUGACUUCCUACAAACCCAGACCAGGUACUGCGGCACUGCUAUCAUCCACAGUACUGAUUCCAACAGGAAGCAGAGACUUGGACUGGACCAUGGCCACCAAGGAAGUUAACAGAGCACAGGUGGUUCCAACCAUGAAGGUGCGUACUUCCCUCAAGGGAGACGGCAGCUGGAUCCGUAGAGUGACAGACCCAGAUGAAGAAGAGGGAAAACCACGUAAGCCAGAACUUCCAAAGAAACCCACUGGUCUCUUUUCAGCUGAAUCCAGCCCUGUUACCUCGCUUGCUUCAUGCAACCCCUACAGUCCUACAGUGACACCAGAUGUUGACCCACUGACCCCUGAGGAAAUCACCAAAUGGUCAUUGACAUCUAGCAGGGUCAGACCCCUGGCAAAGUCCUAUGUCCUCUCAGCAGCUAAGAAAUUUGAGCCUGAAGAGUUGUCAGAAGCUGUGGAGGAGUCGGACCCACCAACAGCAGAAUCAAAAUACAAAUCUCUUGGGAAACCUGUGGAACAACCUGCAGUGCAGGAAUCUGUAAAUGAACCAGCAGCUAGAAAAUCUGUAGAUGCACCUGCUGACCAACCAGAGGCAGCAGAGCCCUCUGAGACAACGACUGAGGAACCUCCUGCAUCUGUGGAAGAAGCUGAUGGAGAACUCAUCGCACAACUCACUGCAGAACCUACCGUGGGACCCACAGUGGAACCAGCAAGUGAAAUUCAAUCAGAAGAGACUGCUGUAGAAUCAGUCUUAGAACCUGUAGUGAAACCUGUUGACAGUGUUUCUGAAGAACCUGCAGUUAGGCCAGCGGCUGUGGAGGCAAUUGAACUUGUAGUUGAGCCUGUGGUUGCAGUUAAACCUGUAGUUGAGCCUGUGGCUACAGUUAAACCUGUAGUUGAGCCUGUGGCUACAGUUAAACCUGUAGUUGAGCCUGUGGCUACAGUUAAACCUGUAGUUGAGCCUGUGGCUGCAGUUAAACCUGUAGUUGAGCCUGUGGCUGCAGUUAAACCUGUAGUUGAGCCUGUGGCUGCAGUUAAACCUGUAGUUGAGCCUGUGGCUGCAGUUAAACCUGUAGUUGAGCCUGUGGCUGCAGUUAAACCUGUAGUUGAGCCUGUGGCUGCAGUUAAACCUGUAGUUGAAGCUGAAGCUGUGGCUGAAGCAGCUGUUGAAGUUGUUCAGGAAUUAUCAGCUGCUAUUGAACUUGAGGAGGCAUUAGACGUGGAGCUACCCGCUGCUGAAGUCGUGGCAGAUGAUAUAAUAGCACCUGCAUCAGAACCUACACCAUCCCCUUGUGGGGGUCAGGUUCCAUCACUCAUUCAGCAACAGGAGGAUGCUGAACCACAGCAUCAGAUAGUCCAUGACUUUCGUCACACCAAGGAUGGCAAAGCCAUUUGUUCAUACUGUGACAAGUCAAUUGAUGGAAAUGUCAAGAUCACAAUCAAUUACCCACAAAUCUACAGCCACCCAGACUGUUUUAAGUGCGGGUUGUGCAGUAAGGCCUUGGGGGACAUGACGACCUCCAUGUUCGUGCAUGGGAGAGUGAUCCACUGUGAUGGCUGCUUUAUUAAAACCAUGUAGGCCCCAGGGCUUCUCAUCACCUUGACACAGAGGGCACAACAGUGUCAUCCCUGGAACAUCCCUGUCACCAACACAACCAUUUUGACAGAUUACUUGCUAACACUGUUCAAUUUUUUUUUGUAAGAUGUUAUAAUUCCAGAGUUAUCAUCAAUUUUCCUUCCUUGACACUGAAUGCCAUUCUUUUGUGAAUGUAAGACUUUUUUCUGUAAACAAAUAAUAUUUUUUUCCCCAUUUAUUGUGUUUUCAUCAUGUGGAGGGCAUGUAUAUCUUUAAUGAGAAAAAAUAUAUAAAUGAUUUAUGACCGUUUCCAUAAUUUGUCAAUAAUUAACUUCUAAUAACAUUUGUCUUGUUUGUUGUUGUGCUUUUAUAUUACCCAACCUCACUGGAAGUUUUGUUUUACCAUUUGACAUUUGCAUGACAAUGAAAUGAAGCACAACAUUUUAAUACCUUGGGUUCAAAGGCUUUGAUACAUUUUAAUUGCUAAUCAAUUCAACACAGCAUUAUAUACACACCCAAUUCAGUAAAUAGCAUAGCAGGCCACUCACCAGCCAGAAAUCCCCUGGAAAUCAAACACUACAGUUUAAAAGCAGAGAGCAUUAAUACAUAUGGAGAAUGAAAACGGAGUAUCUUAUUUAGCUUAUACCUUUAGCACAUCCAUAGAAUUGGGUUUCCUUGCACCCCACACACAGUAAUCAGUCAAAAGGACAAACAAUAGGUACUACAUCAAGAGUGAAUGCAAAAAAGCUGCCGUAAGUGCUUUGACACACUUAGACAAGAGCGACUCCCACAUUACACUCCCACAUUUCACUUGAGUGUUGUAGAGAACUUUGGCACAUUCUGCUGUUUUCUCUAGUUACAGUAAUGGACAGCUCAUUUACUAACACAAUCUAAAGCAACAGGAGCUAGAUCAUGUUCACAAUCUAUAUACAUAUCAGUAAGCAAGGCGACUGGGGUCGGUUUCUUAGUUCUGAUUAGCAUGGAGAGCAGCCAUCUCUCCAAGUCACUCAGAUUUAGAGAGCUAAAUAGAGCCCACAAUCUGACAAUAGCGUCAGUGACACUUUAUACAAGCUUUUUUUUUUUUUAAAUGUGUGAACCAAAAUCAGAGACGCUACAUCCAAUGUGAAAAUUA